UAAAACGAGAUGAAGUUUGUGCUGACGCUAGUCACUCUAUGCACCCUACUCAAUGGGCUGGCGGCUGAUGAUGUGAAGGAGUCGCGUUAUAUCGAUGAAAAUGCACUCAAGGCUUUUUUUGAUUUCACACGCCAAACGAAGACCACAAGUCCGGCGGCUGGAUUAAAGUCUCAAUAUCCGUACCUCUCACAGAAGGAGAAGUUAACGCUGCAAGGCGAAAGGCAAACGCACUAUCCAUUGCAGCCGCUGAAUGUUGAGUUUGCUUUGCUGCCACAAACAGUCAUGACACAACAGCCGCGCCCUAUUACGCAUAGUAAAGAUAAACUCGUCGAUGUGAAACCCAUCUAUAUACCGUAUGCCUUGAAAAACCAACCAGCAUUUACGCAAGCCGCCUUCGAAGCGUUGACUGGUGGCUUGCAAGCCCACGCCGAACAACCGAAACUGAACUAUGUGACGAGCUAUCCGUUAGGCAAUCCAUCGGCCGAACAAACAAAAGUGCCCGCAUUUUAUGCCGCUUAUCCAAAAAUUCAAGAACACAAACCUACUUCGUUACAAAGCAAUAUUGCUUUGGAGUCUAAGCAGCCCGCCUAUCAGACGUUCCCUAAUCUCUUCGCGUAUGCUAAUCAAUCGCCCAAUCAGUUUGCAUAUCAGCAACCCUAUCAACAUUUUGCCGCCCCCGCCAGCUCGCCUUCCUUCAUCAUUAUCAAUCCGACGAAUUAUCCGAGCUAUCAUUAUUACAACGCUCCCAAUUAUACCUUCCCACGUGAUGAAGCAUUGGAGCUCGUAGAGGUUGAAGAGCAUGCGCCAGAUUUUAUCAAAGAUUUGCGCUUGGAAAAUGUACAUCAUGUCCAGCCAUCCAGCGACGGCUCGUCUGCUGAAACCGAAGCCGUUCUUAACAAUUUACCACACACGCUUACAAAUGACGAACGCCUUUUGGCGCAGGCUUUGUUGCAGCAGUCGCGUCAACCUGACAACUCGAAUGCUUUGUUAGAGUUGCUGAAACGUGAACAGCUGAAGCGUCGCAUGCAGGAACAGGUGGCAGCUUUUUAUUUCAGAAACUAUAAUCUUAGUAAAAAAUGAGAAUAUUCAAAAGUCAUGCAAAGAGUAUUAAAAAAAUA